AUGAGCAUGUGCAGCACGCCGGAAUCAACCCGGAUGUCUCAUUCAGGCUUCAAUAAGCUUCCGCCAGAACUCGUUGUACAGAUUGUCGAAUCGCUGGACACACCGCACGAUCUUUAUAGCCUCAUCGUAAGCUCAAACCGAGUUGCCAUCCUCGCCACAGUCAUGAUGAACGCCUUGCCACAUGGGAAUAUUUACCUUGCCGUUGCAGCUUGCAAAGCCGCUGCCACAUCGAAGGCAUGCCUCCUUAUUUCUUUGUACAAAUUAUGGUGGUUGCUUGAUUACUUCAUGCAUCUACUCGAAGCGAAAUCGUUGCGUGUAGCUUCUCGCAAGCUAUUGCGGGCGCAGAAUGCGAAACGGGGCAUGAGUCAACCCGAGAAAAGCAGGAUUCUGCGCUCAUUCUUGAAUUUCGAAAUAUACCGUCGAAUCACGCCAGGUCGCCAAACGGGUGGCAAUUGCCACGAAGCAUCCGAUCAGACAUUGAACUUCUUGAAGAGGUACCAAGCAUGGCAAAGGGAAGAGAUACUCGCCGUGGAGGAGUUUCUCGUUGAGGCUGCAAAGGACGUGAUUAGAAGCGCCCGAGAGCACACGCAUCGCCAAAUAUCCAGCGUAGCGUAUGAGUUGGCUGCACAGCCUGACACAGUAUUGGCACCAGUAUCACUAGGGGAUCUCGGUGCUUUGAUAGAACUCAAUGGAUACGAUCCGUUCUGGCAUGGCUUUCCCCCAUGCGCAAGAUCAUUGCAUUACUUCGCAUCCAGAGGUCCGCCUUUCAUGAAAUGGUUGUCAGAACCUUCUCCUGGCAAUCAAUUGUACAUCGUCGAUCUAUUGGCUACAGCAAAAUGCCACCCGUCUAUUCUGGAGUGCUUGCAUCGAGAUGACGACCAGUUGACCACGGCAGAUGAUGCAAUUUGCGAGGUCGGUGAUGAAGAAGUACCCCAAGAGGACAACUCUCUCGAUGGUCCAAGCUGUGGCUGGAAAUGGGCAGAGACCCAUGAUCUUAUUAAUGGCGAGUUCAACCUACUUAAGCGCUACGAGCUACGAAAGAUGGGGUACUGCUUCUGGGAUACCCGAAGGCUAAAUCAAGAUUGGAACUUCUCUGCACUUUCACCUUCAGGGCUCCAGCUCGUGCCACGAAGUCAGAAUGAUGAUGGCGAGACCUGGCUGAAGGAGGAGCCUGAAUCUGGUUUCAGGGCAUAUUUCCAAGGCCUCGAUGUGCCUGUAAACGUUCUCAACAUCAAAUUUAGGGAUUUUAUUGAUCGAUUAGAAGAAGGGAGAGACUUCAACGAGGACGAAAUAUACCCGUUCUCGCCGCCAUUCUCGGAACAGGAGAUCAAGUUGUUCAAUUUCGAAUAUUGA